AUGGUCACUCGAUUUCGAAUUCGGCAACUGAUCGUUAUUGCAACAGUUGUAAUUUCACUCAUUUUUAUUUACAACGCAUACUCUGGCAAUGAUGUCAAUGAAGAGGCAAUCCGGAUUCCCGAACAAACAACAACGACUGUAGACAGUCUUAAAGGAAGACAAUUCAAUUUCAAAAUCGUAAUUAGUGGUCAAGAUGGCGAUCGACAGGAUCGAGCAGGUGGUGCAAACUCGGCCGGAAAUGCUGCGGACAGCUUCCGCGAUCAAAAGUGUAAAAUCCCGAAGCUUGAAAUCAAUGGAGCUGGAAGUGAGGAGCUUCUUCUUCAAACCGAAGCCGCUGCGCUGCGACAAAAAUCCGACAAAUUGGGUUUAUAUUGA